UUGGUUCGCUCACUUGUUUGCAAUGAUUGAUUGUUAACACUUAAAAAAAAGUCUAAUGUUGCUCAAACAAUUUUUGCACCAAUUAUACAUUGAUUAAAAAAAUUUACAAUCACAAAUUCUAGCUUGUUGUCAAGGAUUUAGUGACAUUUUGAUAAAUUGAAAACCGUGGUUUUAAAAGUGACUGUUUAAUGAAAAGUUGUUUCUCAAAUAGUGAUUUGUAAAAUGGCUAGCAAAAAGGAGAGAAGAUCGCGUCGAUCUACAAAAGAAAACUCUGCUCAAAUUGUCUCAAUAGAAUUAACCGCUGUCCCUCAAAACGAAGAUUAUUUGAAGGUACCAGGACGAGGAGACUCUCCUCGUGAUUUUAGGAGUCUACAUAGAGAAAAAUCGCCGUUUGAAAUCGGGACAAAACCUGAUGUACAAGUUGCGUCACAAAAAGCCAUAAUCGACAAAGCACUUAUUAUGGAUAUAUCAGGAGGAGUUACGGAUGUAGAUGAAUAUAUUUCACUGUUUUUCACUGACUCAUGUAGCUUGGAUCCAGCUAGUUGUGGUGAUAUAUCAACAGUAAAAAUUGAAGUUGUUGAAGAAGAACUAGUUAUUCCAGUGGCACCGAAACCCACUCAGGAACAAAACAGAGUUACUACUGACCUUGCGAUUGAAGAAUCACCCAGCCUAGCUCCAGAAGAAGAUUUCAAAGGUAAGUCAACGAAGGCUGAUUUUGCAGUAGUAUCAUUGGAACCAGAGCCGUCCCUGCAAUCAUCUCAAGAAAUGUUCAAAGAUGAUCUAGAAAAGAACAGAGAAUUCACUGGAGACGGUGAAAAGGAAGAUGAAGGAGAAGAUGACGAAGAAGAAGAAGAAGAAGAAGAAGAAGAAGAAGAAGAAGAAGUUGCUCUACCUCGCGAACCAUCACCCCCACCUUCACUUCUUGAGAACCGAACACCCGAACUAGAGCCGAUAAAGCCUGAACCCGAGCCUGAAUAUGAUUCAGACGUUGAGUUGAUUCCACCAAAAGAAGACUUUGAUCCGUCAGUGUGGAAAAGUGUUGAUAACUUGGAACAGCAGGUGGAAGACGAAGAUUCUACUAGAAAAUUUUUACUAAACGAGCCAUCCCAACGUGAGUCACUAUCCACAAUGACCGAGAGAGAAAGAGAUUUAGAAUGGCAACGCCAACGGCAAUUGAUGAGACCUCCUCUGAUAAUUUCCCAUUUAAAAUCGAGAGCAGCUCCCAAAGGAUCCACAGUUAAGUUAAACUGCACAGUUUCGGGACCUGGUGUGAGUGUUCGAUGGUACAAAAACGGUGAUCCUAUAGAAAGCAAUCCAAAGUUCUCUUUCAAAAGCAGUGAAGGACUACUAAGCUUAGAAAUAAAAGAUGUUGAUUUUUCGGAUGUUGGUGAAUACAGUUGUUCUAUUAGAAACAAAAACGGAGAAACAUCAACCUCAACGUCUUUAAAAGUGUAUGAAAGUUUUGAAUCAAAACCCGACCCUCCCACAUUUAUUUCAAUCAAAGAUUGCGUUGCCCUGCCAAUGGAAUAUACUGUAACUGAACCAACUUCGGAUAAUGCAUCCUCAAAUUUUUGUACCGCUGUUGUUGAUCCUAAUGUUAAUGAGCAGUCCACAGAUAAAACGGAUUUAAGAAGUGAUAAAAGUUAUUAUCGAAACGCAAUUGAAAACGACCCAAUUCCUAUAGACCAACAGGUCGAUAGACUAAAAAAGUCAAGACCAGAACAAUUUCCUCCUACUCCAAAACUUGGCGAAGACCUGGCAAAAUUUCAUCAUCGUAAAUUACUACAUAACCGGGAUAAACUACGAUGGUCUGUACAUUUGACUAAUAGAGCUGCCCUAGCUGGAAGACGAUUCAAACUGAUGUGUGCGGCGAUCGGAUUUCAACCUGAGCUAAAAUGGUACUUUAAUAACAAUCUCAUUACAUACAGUGAUCACAUUGUAGACAUGAAUGAUUUGCAUCGAGGAGCAUAUGGAUGCAUUUGGAUUAAUAACUUGAAUCUUAGUGACGCUGGAUUGUAUAAAUGCGUAGCUUCAAAUGGAUUUGAACAAAUAGAAACUGUUUGUAAUCUAGUAGUAGUAGAACCUGACUGCACGACUACAGAAUUUGCUCCAAUGUUUGUACCCCAUCGAAGUAAAGAGAUAUUCGAUUCAAAGCAUAAUAUACUAACGAUAGAGCAUCACAUUAGAUCCAGUCCAUCACCAACCAUUUCAUGGCAUAGAGGACUUCUUCAAUUAGGAAUGUGGAAUGAUCCUCACGUACGCAUCUCACAACAUUUAGAUGAAGUAUCCGAGCACACAAUAGCAGCAUUAGUAUUUUAUGAUCCCACAUAUAUGGAUUCAGGAGAGUAUAUUUGUGUUGCUAAGAAUAAAAUGGGCGAAGCUACUAUGACUUACAAUUUGUGCUUCUCCAAUGAAAAAGAAUACUUCGAAUGGCUAUCAAAUAAAAAACCAUCAGAGAAGCUAGCGCGUGAACUAGAGCUUGGAAUAACUGAGGUAAAGGAUACUCCUACAUUUGAUGUCGAUGAAAUACUUGCACAAGUAGAGUCAAAUUUUAAUUUGAAUGCCAUUGAUGAAUUAAAAUCAACUUGCGCAUCUGUUGCAAACAUAACUGCUAAUAAAAGUACUGAAGAAAUGUAUAAACACGAAAGCAAGACGAAACAUAAUACCUACGAUACCAAAAUUAGGCAAGUAUCUGGCACUAAACUUCCAGAUGUACCGGAGCUACCAGAAAAUGAAGAGCAUGUGCCACGACAGACUGUCUUAGAUCUAGAACGUACAAAUGAACUAGUACCAGAACCUUCGAUUACAACAGAAAUUUUACCGUAUGUCAGAAAAAAAAAACAAAUUGAUUUGGAUCUCGAAGAAUUUGAGCGUCGAAAAAAAUUUGAUUUCUUGUCCAACAUGCAUAAUGCUAGAGUAGAAUUAGGAAAAACUUUUAGAUUGUUCGCGUAUGUUAAAUCUCCAGAUAACAUAACAUCAGAAUGGACCCAUGAAGGAAGAAUACUGAAAGAAGGAAUUCGAUGGUCUUGUAUAACUACAUCAAAUGGGACUUGUAUAUUAGAAAUAGAGAACUGUAAAUACAGAGACGCUGGAUUAUACACUUGCAUUGCGAAAAGUGACACAUUUGGUUUAAUUGAACAAUCAUGUAUCGUAAGUAUUUUCGAGAACAAAAUUAGGAAAGAUAAACCAGUUUUCACAAAACCAGUAAAAGAAUAUUAUAAUCCUAUUAAAGAUGAGUUACACUUAGAAUGUACAGUAAGAGGAGAUCCAAUGCCACAUGUAAUUUGGAUCAUAAAUGGAACAUUUAUGCAUGAAAAUGACGCAACUAAAUACUUCUUCCAAAAAUGGGGAGAUGGAAGACAAAAACUCACAAUAUUUCAACCACAAAAAGAAGACAGCGGAAGAUACGUAUGCCGAGCUAGUAAUGAUGUUGAAACAACUGAUUCGGUUUAUUAUCUUAAUUGGAGGAACAGUGACGAUGAAGUGAUCAAGCUAUAUGAAGAUGAAAUGCACAAGAAGAAAGAUAAACCAAUUCGGAGUCGCCAUUUAAACACAAAAGACUGCGAAUAUGAUUCUAAGGACAUUAAUCUCAUCAAAUGGUCAGAAGAACGAAAUCGUCACGAAAAAGAAUACCAUUACGACUACAAACUACGCUUCAUCACUCAUCUUAAGAACAAAAUUGUUCUUGAAGGGACGAAUAUAAAAUUUACAUGCUACGUUGAUGGUAAAUACCCUCAAUUCAUGUGGUAUAAAGAUGGCAUUUUACUCAUCCAAGGUAGAAAAUAUCGACAACAGCUUCGACGAGAUGGAAAAGUGACAUUAGAAAUUUUAAAUGUAACAACAGAAGAUGCUGGAAAUUAUAAAAUAGUAGCUAAAAACUACGCUGGAGAAAUAGUAUCAAAAUCAACAGUAACUGUAUAUAAAAAUCCAUACAUCAGAUAUGACCCACCAAUAUUCGUAACCACAAUUCUAGAAACGUACUCCUUGCACUCGGAUGAAAUCAUUUUAGAAUGCCGAGUCAGAGGCUCACCUCGCCCAAAUAUAGCGUGGAUCAAGGACGGCGAAUAUAUCAUACCCGGUGAUAAGUAUGAACAAUACGAUCACCUUGAUGGUACUUGCAAGCUCAUUAUAACCACUCCUGGAGAGACAGAUUCUGGUACAUAUACAUGCGAAGCAGAAAGUGGAGGGUGCAGUGAUGCAAUAAGUCACAAUGUACAAUUCGUUGGCAAAGAAAAAAUAAUGCUGGAACGAACACAUAACGUUUACCAUCGUAAUCCGAAUUUACCACACUUUUAUUUAUCCUUAGCGGAUUAUUCGAUUCCAUCUGGAGGAAAUAUUUGCCUAGUAGUAGAACUUCAAGGCAAUUGUGAAGUACAAUGGUUCAAAGACAAACAGGAAGUGAAAGGAAGGCCUCCGAAGGUACGAUUCUACAGUGAUAGUACUGGGGUUUUUGCUCUGUGCAUUUCUGCAGCAACUAUGGACGCAUCUGGCCGCUACACUUGUAGAGCAAGUAACUCGUUUGGAAAAGCCGAGUCCUCAUCCAAUGUAGAUGUCAUCAAUCCCAAUGCAAUAAAAGGAGCAAAACCACCAAUAUUUAUGGCUAGACCACAACCCGAAAUAAAAAUUCGACAAGGACAGGAGAUCUCAAUGGCUUUUAAAAUAAUUGGAGAUCCAAAACCAAAGAUACAAUGGAUGAAAGGCACGAAAGACAUAACCAACGCUGCUAGGACAAUGAAAGAGAUUCAUAAUGAUUUUAUCCGAUUUUCUAUAAAAGAAGCCCUAACAACCGACGACGGAGCUUAUUUCAUUAUAGCAAGAAAUCGGUACGGAAUGGAUCGCUGUUUCACUAAAGUCUCGGUGAAGCAUCCCAAAGGCUAUAAAGUGAAUAAAGAAUUCGAAGAAAGCGUUUUGCAGACUAAUAAAAUCGACAGGAAAAGAUAAAGUCAAGCAUUUUGUAUCACAUUGCGAUUAGAUUAAGGUGAGUUAACGUUGUUGAAUGUGAACUGGUUUCUUCAAUAAAAUUCGCCCUACGGAUCAGACUA